AUGGUGGAUUCCAAUGUUCACAACGUUAGAAACAUCUGCAUCCUCGCGCACGUCGAUCACGGCAAGACGACGCUCGCCGACCACUUAAUCGCCGGGACUGGCGGCGGCCUGCUCCAUCCGAAAAUGGCCGGGAAGCUCCGGUUCAUGGAUUUCCUAGACGAGGAGCAGAGGAGAGCCAUAACCAUGAAGAGCUCCUCGAUAGCUCUGAAAUUCCGUGAUUGUUCGAUUAACCUAAUCGAUUCCCCGGGACACAUGGACUUCUGCAGCGAGGUUUCCACCGCAGCUAGGUUGAGCGACGGCGCGUUGGUUUUGGUGGAUGCGGUGGAAGGUGUUCAUAUCCAGACUCAUGCUGUUCUCCGCCAAGCUUGGAUUGAGAAGCUAACUCCCUGCCUGGUGCUUAAUAAGCUGGAUAGGUUGAUUAGUGAGCUAGAGUUGACUCCCAUGGAAGCUUAUACAAGGUUGUUGAGGAUAGUUCAUGAGGUUAAUGGGAUUAUGAGUGGAUACAAGUCUGAGAAGUAUUUGUCUGAUGUUGAUUCGAUGCUUGCUAGUCAGUCUGGUGAAGUGGGAGAUGAGAAUCUCGAGUUUGUAGAAGAUGAUGAGGAGGAUACGUUCCAGCCUCAGAAGGGCAAUGUGGCUUUCGUUUGUGCUUUAGAUGGAUGGGGUUUUACUAUUAAUGAGUUUUCUGAAUUUUAUGCUUCGAAAUUUGGAGCAAGUUCUUCUGCAUUAAGGAAGGCUCUUUGGGGUCCUAGAUACUUUGACCCCAAGUCUAAGAUGAUUGUAGGGAAGAAAGGGAUAGAAGGAUUGAGCAAGGCUCGGCCUAUGUUCGUGCAGUUUGUGCUUGAACCUCUAUGGCAGGUUUAUCAGUCAGCAAUGAAGCCAGAUGGGGGUAAAGGGUUACUAGAUAAAGUAAUAAAGUCGUUUAAUCUGAAUGUUCCUCAACGUGAGCUACAGAAUAAGGAUCCAAAGCUUGUGCUACAAUCAGUUAUGAGCCGCUGGCUUCCUUUGUCCGAUUCGGUUAUGUCAAUGGUGGUGAGGUGUAUGCCUGAUCCAAUGGCUGCUCAAUCUUUCCGCAUUUCACGAUUGCUUCCCAAUAGGCUUUUACAGGAUAAAGUUGACUCUGUUGUUGUUGAAGAGGCUGAACUUGUGAGGAAGUCUGUUGAGCUAUGUGAUUCUACCCCUGAAGCACCUUGUGUUGCUUUUGUUUCCAAGAUGUUUGCUGUUCCAACAAAGCUGCUGCCUAGAAGAGGUCCUAACGGUGAGAGUCUGGAGAAUUAUGUUGAUGAAGAUGGAAGUGGAGAUUCGGAUGAGUGUUUCCUUGCAUUUGCUAGAAUAUUUAGUGGGGUUCUUUGUUCAGGUCAGAAAGUCUUUGUGCUUUCAGCUUUAUAUGAUCCGUUGAAAGGGGACUCAGUUCAGAAGCACGUACAAGAGGCUGAGUUGCAGUCAUUGUAUCUAAUGAUGGGUCAGGGCUUGGUCCCAGUAACUUCUGUCAAUGCAGGUAAUGUUGUUGCAAUACGAGGCCUCGGCCAGCACAUACUAAAAAGUGCUACUUUGUCUUCCACGAGGAACUGUUGGCCUUUUGCUAGCAUGGCUUUCCAAGUUGCUCCAACUCUAAGGGUUGCCAUUGAGCCAUCCGAUCCUGCCGACAUUGGUGCCCUAAUGAAAGGUUUGAGGCUUCUGAAUCGUGCAGAUCCAUUUGUAGGGGUCACAGUUUCAUCUAGAGGAGAGCAUGUGCUUGCUGCUGCAGGUGAGGUUCAUCUAGAGAGAUGUAUCAAGGAUUUGAAAGAAAGGUUUGCAAAAGUUAAUAUAGAAGUCUCUCCACCUCUUGUGUCUUAUAGAGAGUCUAUUGAAGGCGAUGCAUCAAAUCCAGUAGACAAUCUGAGGACAUUAACUAGUAGUUCCGAUUAUUUUGAGAAAUUGACCCCUAAUGGAAGAUGCGUUGUUCGUGUCCAAGUGACAAAGCUUCCAGCUGCAGUCACAAAGGUACUUGAUGAAAGCACGGAGACACUUGCUGACAUUAUUGGUGGCAAGCAUGGGCAGACAAAUGUGGACUUGCCACUGGCACAGGGAACAGGUGUUCUGUUAGAUGAGAAUCCCAUUGAGGCAUUCAAGAAAAGGUUAAUGGAUGCUUUGGAGAUUGAUAUUUCGAUGUUAAGCGAGAAUGACAAGGACCGGGCUGAAAAGUACAGAAUCAAGUGGCAGAAGCUUCUCAAGAGGUUCUGGGCAUUUGGUCCAGGCCAGGUUGGCCCUAAUAUCCUCUUCACUCCAGAUCCUAAAAUCGAGAUCGACGAUUCAUCUUUUCUUAUUGUGGGUUCUCCACUUGUUUCAGAAAGACUAGGGUUGUUGGAUGGUUGUAGUAAUGACCAUCCACCUGCAAGCACAUCUUGUGAGAUAAUUAGUGAAGAAUUACGCCUGGAAGCCGAGACUCUUCAAAACAGUAUAGUGUCUGGAUUUCAGCUAGCAACAUCAGCUGGCCCGUUGUGUGAUGAACCAAUGUGGGGUUUAGGUUUUGUUGUAGAGGCACACAUAUCUCCUUCAACCGAGCAACCUGACGACCCUGAAUCUAAGCAUCAACACCUGGAGCAGCAUGGCAUCUUUCCUGGACAGGUAAUGGCUACUGUUAAGGAUGCAUGCAGAGCUGUGGUACUCCAGAAUAAACCCCGUAUAGUUGAAGCAAUGUACUUCUGCGAACUGAACACUCGAACUGAGCAUCUAGGUCGCAUGUAUGGUGUGCUGAAUAAAAGGCGAGCUCGGGUCUUGAAAGAAGAAAUGCAGGAAGGGUCACCACUUUUCACUGUUCAGGCUUAUGUCCCAGUUUCUGAAAGCUUUGGUUUCGCGGAUGAUCUCAGGAGAGAGACUUCAGGUGGUGCAAGUGCCCUUCUUGUGCUUAGCCACUGGGAAGCUCUCCCUGAAGAUCCUUUCUUUGUACCAAAGACGGAAGAGGAGAUUGAAGAGUUUGGAGAUGGGUCUAGUGUUCUGCAUAACACAGCAAGAAAGCUGAUUGACUCUGUAAGGCGACGGAAGGGGUUACCUGUGGAAGAAAAGGUUGUCCAGCAUGCUAAUAAGCAGAGGACACGGGCUCGUAAAGUGUAG